AAAAAAAGACAAGGCAAAUCACCGUCCACCAACCACGGGCGCGAAACGCGACCGGGUCCACCUGUCAUCCAUACCACGGCUCGCCUUCCUAAUCUCGGGACUCGGGUCCGCGAUGCGAGCCACCAAGAGAUCCACGAAUAUACCCAUCCCAUUCCCCACAAGGCUCCGUCCCUUCGGCGGCGGCGGCGAUGUCUCUCCCCCCUGGCCCGGCGGACAGUGGCACCGGCACCGGAGACGACUGGUUCCUCGACUGCGGCAUCCUCGACGACCUGCCCGCCGCGGCCUGCGGAGCCUUCCCGUGGGACGCGUCCCCGUCGUCUUCCAACCCCAGUGUGGAAGUGGGCAGCUAUGUAAACGCCAAUGAUGCAUUCAAGGAGCCCAAUGAUGUCUUCAAGGAGCCUGGCAGCAGUAAACGUUUACGGUCAGGAUCCAGUGAUAUGCCAACAUCUAAAGCUUGCAGGGAAAGAAUGAGGAGGAACAAGCUGAAUGACAGGUUUCUUGAACUGGGGUCUGCAUUAGAACCUGGGAAGCCAGUGAAAGCUGACAAAGCUGCCAUCCUAAGCGAUGCUACUCGCAUGGUUAUUCAGCUCCGUUCAGAAUCACAGCAACUGAAGGAGACUAAUGGCAGCCUCGAAGAAAAGAUUAAAGAACUAAAGGCCGAGAAGGACGAGCUUCGCGACGAGAAGCAGAAACUGAAACUGGAGAAGGAGAGUCUAGAGCACCAGAUGAAGCUGAUGGCAUCGGCUCCAGCCUACAUGCCCCAUCCGACCCUGAUGCCGGCGCCUUUCGCCCAGGCGCCCCUAGCUCCAUUCCAUGCCCAGGGCCAAGCUGCAGGGCAGAAGCUGAUGAUGCCCUUCGUCGGCUACCCAGGGUACCCAAUGUGGCAGUUCAUGCCGCCUUCAGAGGUCGACACCUCGAAGGACAGCGAGGCGUGCCCUCCUGUCGCAUGAUCACCUUGAUGGGGCUGGUCCUGCUCACACCAUGUGGAUUAGCCGCAACUAGUUGUCGUUGUCGAUCCAUUGAUGGGGUAUAACUGAUGUUCUUAGGCUAUCUCCAGCAGCCUCUCUAUCCUAUUCUCUAUCUUACUCCCUAUUUUAAAUUUUACUCUGUAAACAGUACAGUCUAUAGUGUAAGACAAUGUUUUGCAUGUUUAUAUCCACGCUUGGCUGGAGAUGGGCAUGGUAGUCUGUUGGUGACCAAGGAAGCUGUGAUAUCUGUGGCGAGGUGCCCUGCUAGAGGCUCCUUUAAUGGGUGUACAAUUUUCGUGGUGGAAAGAAGAAUGUUCGUUCUUGUUCUCCAUAGCAACAGUGUCAUAUUAUCUAUCUAUGCCAUAUAUAUUUUAUA